AUGACCGCUGCAAUUCCAAACCAACCUCGCGACCUUCCUCUCCUUGCGACACCUGACAUUUGUUCAUCCAAAACCUACAUUGUGACUGGGGCCAACUCCGGACUGGGCCUGGAAGCAGCACGGCACCUUGUCAAUGCUGGGGCCGGAAAAGUAAUUCUCGCGGUUCGCAAUACUGGAGCUGGUAAUAAAGCCGUGAAGGAUAUCGAGUUGUCCACAGGAAGGUCCGGUGUGGCUGAAGUAUGGUCGCUCGAUCUUUCCAGCUUUGACUCGGUUAAUGCGUUCGCGCACAAGGCCACAGUAGAGCUUGAUCGAAUCCAUGCUGUCAUUCAGAAUGCGGGCGUUGCCACGUCGGAGCGUGUGCUAGCAGAAGGUCACAACAUGGCGGUCACUGUCAACGUCCUUAGCACGCUUCUUCUGGGAUUGCUUCUUCUACCAAAACUGAAGGAUGUCGCACAGUGCUACAAUUUCGCGCCACGUCUGACGUUUGUGAGCAGUAUUGCGGGAUUCGAUGUUCAAGCUCUCUGGGGGACAAUCAGAGAUUCUCCAUUGUCCAAGAUGGACGCGGAGGAUAUGGACCAGUCGGCAAUAUACUCCCUUUCAAAGCUCACGCUAACAAUGGCGGUUCGUCACCUUGCCACGCUAAUCCCCGUGAAUCGUACGGGUGUUGUGGUGAACCUUGUCUGUCCCGGGUUGUGCAAGACCGAAAUAACUCGCAAUAUACCAGCCGAAGUGCAAGCGGGCAUCGCCAGCCAGCUUACCCAGUUUGGAAGAACGGCCGAAGAUGGUAGCCGCACCCUACUCCACGCAGCACUGGCGGGUAGAGAGACUCAUGGAUACUUUCUUCAAUCCUGUCUGAAUGGAGAGUACGUAAAUCACUGGGACCUACCCGAGUGGGUGAUAAAUGGAGAAGGAAAAGGCUGGCAGAGACAUACAUGGGAUAUUAUUUCCAAAGAGCUAGAUUCUGUCAAACCUGGGUGUGUUUAG